AUGCUGACCCACAGUCCAUGCCAGGCAGACCCACACGAUGACUUCUAUGCUUACGAUGAAGAUGGCACGCGGUUUUCCCAUGACAUCACUCCCAUUAUUCUGGCGUCCCAGAGCCACGAAUAUGAAAUGGUGCAUGUUCUUCUCAUGAAAGGAGCUCAGAUACAACGGCCACAUGAUUAUUUCUGCCAGUGCAUGGUGUGCAGCGAGCAGCAAAGGCACGACUCGUUCAGCCAUUCCAUAUCACGCAUUAAUGCAUAUCGAGGUCUGGCCAGUCCUGCUUAUCUGUCACUAUCAAAUGAGGAUCCCGUCAUGGCUGCCCUAGAGCUUAGUAAUGAGCUAGCUGUUCUCGCCAACAUUGAGAAAGAAUUUAAGAAUGACUACAAGAACUUGUCCAUGCAGUGUAAAGACUUUGUCGUUGGACUUCUUGACUUGUGCAGGAACACAGAGGAGGUGGACGCCAUCUUGAAUGGAGAUACUGAGUCAACAUCAGGCCGACAAAAUCUCAUCCGAUUAAAACUGGCUAUUAAGUACGAAGUCAAAAAGUUUGUGGCACACCCAAAUUGCCAGCAGCAACUUCAUUUGAUCUGGUAUGAAAACUUGUCUGGUCUUCGCCAGCAAACAACUGCUAUUAAGUUGCUGCUUGUCCUCGGAGUGGCUUUGGGGCUACCAUUCCUGGCCUUGAUCUAUUUGUUAGCACCGUCUAGCAAGUUGGGAAAACUCAUGUGCGGGCCUUUUCUGAAGUUUGUGGCCCAUGCUGCUUCUUUUAUCAUUUUUCUGUGCUUGUUGGUCUUGAACGCGGCCGACCGGUUUGAGGGCACGUCACUGUUACCCAAUAUGACCUUGCACGAUUCGCCCUCACAGCUGUUCCGCAUGAAGACCACUCCUUUCACUUGGAUGGAGAUUCUCAUCCUUUCUUGGGUCUUAGGUAAAAUCUGGGAAGAGUGCAAAGACAUUUGGGCACAGGACAUCCGCGAUUAUGUUUCAGAACCUUGGAACCUUCUUGAUUUCAGUAUUUUGACCAUUUUUAUGACUUCCUUCAUGGCGAGAUUCAUGGCGUUUUGGCAUGCCUACAAAGCUCAGUGCUACGUGGACAGGCUCUAUACCGACUUGGCUAAUGUAACCUUGCCUAUUGAGAUCCAGUAUUUCCAACUUGCUCGGAUCCACUGGAUGCCUUCAGACCCACAGCUAAUCUCUGAAGGACUAUAUGCAAUUGCAGUUGUACUUAACAUAGACCACAAAUUCAUAGAAAACACGGGCUACGUCCUGUACGGUGUGUACAACAUCAUCAUGGUGAUCGUUCUGCUGAACAUGCUGAUCGCCAUGUUCAAUAGCUCCUUUCAGGAAAUACAGGAUGACGCUGAUGUAGAGUGGAAGUUUGCACGCGCUAAACUGUGGUUCUCCUAUUUUGAGCACGGGGGGACUUUGCCUGUGCCCUUCAACCUUGUUCCCAGUCCCAUGUCCCUGGCUUUCCUCUGGUCAAGGCUAAGGGAAAUCAUGUGGGAUGUGUCUCCAAGAAACAGUAAGGAAACAUCCAGCUUCGAAACAGAACAAGGAAAGCUGAAGAGACCAGAUGUUCCCCCUUUAGAAUCGUCUUUCUGUUCUGGCCAUCACCAAAAGAUAAUGAAUCGUCUGAUCAAAAGAUACAUUUUAAAAGCGCAAAUAGACAAAUGCAAUGCAGAUGUGAACGAAGGUGCGUUAAAGGAAAUCAAACAGGACAUCUCAGGCUUGAAGUUUGAGUUGCUGGAGCACUCUAAACAUGAUUUGGACAACAUGCAACAACUCAUUCAAGACUUAGGAGGGGCAGGGACUGGGAAACAUUUUCUUGAUCGCGGCAGUAACGAGUUUCUCAAGUGCGAUACUUUGCCGUGGGAGGACUUUACCAAAAGAACUGUUGUUGCAAACCAGCCUGCCAUUCUCCCCACAUCGUGUAAAUACAUUAAGGAUGAGAAGGAGCCGUCAGUGAUCAUGGGGAGCCCCUGUCCCCGCUUCGAAGCCCCCGCGGACCUGAGCGCCCUGGACACCUGUUGUGAUCCGCAGAGGAGGCUGCCUUUGGCGGAGAGCGAAGCGUCUUUCAGCGCCGCGGCUUCACGACCUGGCACCGCUGGAUCUCCAAACUUUAUGCUCGAGCUGAGCCCACCGGAGGCGCUGGCACAGGCCAGGUCCGAGUCCAGAAGCUCUCUGUCCGGUAAACCUUUGCUCUCCUUUGACAUGAGCGCACACGCGUCUCCUCCACAGCAACAGGCGAUGUUCAGAGGCGAGCUGUCCCGGUGGCCCCUGCAGCCCUCUUCUGCAGAGCCGCACUAUUGGGGACCGUCCCCGCGGGUCCCCGAGGAGCCCUUCUCCCACAUGUCCUUCGAGGGCACGUCGAGCCAGAGCCUGGUCCAGAGGAACCCCUCUCCCUUCUCCACAUUCCCUGGCAUGCCUCCUCAGAGACAGUGUGUGAUUUGUGGCGAUGAGGCGUCAGGCUGUCACUAUGGCGUGUUAACCUGUGGUAGCUGCAAAGUGUUCUUCAAGAGAGCCGUGGAAGGUCAUCACAGCUAUUUGUGUGCCGGGCGAAAUGACUGUAUUGUGGAUAAAAUAAGGAGGAAAAAUUGCCCAGCAUGCCGUCUGAGAAAGUGCUACCAGGCUGGGAUGAUGCUCGGAGGUCGAAAGCUGAAACGUUUUGGGGCCUUGAAGGGUUUGAGUCUGCCCCACUCCCUCAUGUUUCAGUCCCAGUUGGUCUUGCCCGGAGGGGAGAACCAGGCCCUGGGCGCCAUGGCGGGUCUCCCUGGUAUCCGCAACAUCCAGCUGUCCCAUCAGAUCCUCAACAUCCUGGAGAACAUCGAGCCGGAGACGGUGUAUUCUGGAUUCGACAACUCCCAGCCCGAUGUCCCGCACAUCCUGCUCAACAGUCUGAACCGUCUGUGUGAGAAGCAGCUGCUGUGGAUCGUCAAAUGGUCCAAGUCUCUGCCAGGAUUCCGUAAUCUGCAUAUCAACGACCAGAUGACCCUGAUCCAGUAUUCAUGGAUGAACCUGAUGGUGUUCUCUCUGGGCUGGCGCACCUUUCAGAACGUCACCAGUGAAUACUUGUACUUUGCUCCUGACCUUAUUCUCAGUCAAGAGCAGAUGAGGAAAUCACCCAUCUAUGACCUCUGUCUGGCAAUCCAGUUCAUUCCUCAGGAGUUUGCUAAUCUUCAGGUCACUCGAGAAGAGUUUCUCUGCAUGAAAGCCAUUAUCCUCCUCAACACAGUGCCUCUAGAAGGACUCAAGAGCCAGGCAGUGUUCGAAGAGAUGAGGCAGAACUACAUACGAGAGCUGAGCAAAGCCAUCCACAUGAAGGAGAAAGGCGUCGUGGCGAGUUCGCAAAGAUUUUACCACUUGACCAAACUAAUGGAUGCCAUGCACGAUAUAGUGAAGAAGGUCAACUUGUACUGUCUGAGUACGUUUAUCCAGGCCGACGCCAUGAGGGUGGAGUUCCCCGAGAUGAUGUCAGAGGUCAUAUCCUCACAGCUGCCCAAGGUGCUGGCUGGUAUGGUGAGGCCACUGCUGUUCCACACCAAGUGA